AAACUUGGGAACAAUCAUAAAAUUAUAUUUGUCUUAUUUUUUGUAUCAUAAAAAUGGCUAGUCCUAAAACCUACAUUAUGUUAUGUUGUAUUAUAUUUUGUCUUGCCCUUUCUUCUUGUGUCAUGGCACACCCUCCAUCUAAAGGUGUCAAAGGUGCAUAUUACCCUUCAUGGGCAUUUUCAACUUUCCCACCAUCAUCUAUAGACACAUCUUUAUUCACUCACAUCUACUAUGCAUUUCUUGUACCAAACAACACAACAUUUAAAUUCGAUAUCGACGAUGAAACCUCCACCCUCCUCUUCAAAUUCACCUCCACCCUCCGGUCGAAAAGACCAUCCGUCAAGACGCUCUUUUCGAUCGGGGGAGGAGGUGAAGGACCAGCUAGGUUUUCGCGUAUGGCGUCUACAUCCGCCACACGUUUGAGUUUUAUAAAAUCUAGCAUAGAAGUAGCUAGAAAAUACGAAUUUGAUGGAUUUGAUCUUGACUGGGAAUUCCCUCAGAACAAAAAGGACAUGGAGUAUUUUGCGAUUUUACUAGAUGAAUGGAGGGUUGAGGUUAAAAAAGAAUCUUGGACUACAAAAAGGCCACAACUUUUGAUCACAGCAGCUGUUUAUUUCUCUGUUGACUUCUUCCUAUGGGGUGAAUUUAGAUCAUAUCCUGUGCCUUCAAUUAACAAGAAUUUGGAUUGGAUCAACUUAAUGUUCUAUGAUUAUCACGGAUCAUGGGACACGUCUGCCACGGGUGCACAAGCAGCAUUAUUCGACACAAAAAGUAACGUUAGCACAAGUUAUGGACUAAGUACUUGGAUCAAAGCAGGGGCCUUAAGAAGCAAAUUGAUUAUGGGAUUGCCACUUUAUGGUAGGACAUGGAAAUUGAAAGAUCCAAAUGUUGAUGGAAUUGGUGCACCAGCAGUUGGUGUUGGCCCUGGUGAUGAAGGGACAUUAACUUAUAGGGAAAUAGAGAAAUUCAAUGAGGAUAAUAAUGCUAAAGUUGUAUAUGAUUCUGCCACAGUUUCUGCUUACUCUGUGGCUGGGACUUCUUGGAUUGGCUUUGAUGACACUAAGUCUGUUGCAAGGAAGUUAGCCUAUGCUCAAGCACAAAGACUUAGAGGGUACUUUUUUUGGGCUGUUGCUGGUGACAAAGAUUGGAAAAUCUCCAGAACAGCUAAACAAUCAUGGAUAAUUUCCUAAGAGAUGAAGGGGAAAAAAGGAUUCUUCCUUGAACUGAAUCUGUCUGUGAAAGUGUAUUGAAGCUGAAUAGUUCAUCUUCUUUUUAUUUAUGCACUAUAUAUAUGUUGUACCAUUUAGUUAUAUGUACCUUCAUCUAAUAAAGUUUAUUAUAAGAGAAAACAAUCUUUUAACUUAGAAACUUGUCU